GGUGGACACUAAAACAAUAUGAUGCUGCUCAGAAAUUGGAUGGAUACAAAGAGCAUCAGUGGAGACCAUGACAGUUACACCAAACCCAUAAAUGCAUUAUAAUAUUUCAUAUUUUGGAUGUAUACUUAUUAUUAUAGAUCAGUUUUAGAGUCUCAGGUUUUACAAUCAGUAUUAGUAUCAGCAUUAUCUAUUCUUGUCCCAGGUUCGAUACUGAGCUUGGGUUUCGUCUAUGUUCUCUCUGACUGCGUGGGGUUCCUCAGGGUUCUCUAGUUUCCUCCCACCUCCCAAAACAAUCGUAAAUUGCCCCUAGGUUUGAAUGCAUGCGUGAAUGUGUGUACACGGUGCCCUGCGAUGGAAUGGCGUUCAAUUCAGGGGGUGUCCCUGUCUUGCUCUCAGUGGACUGACUCCGGAUACACAACUGUGACCAGGAAAAAGAGGUUACCAAAGAUGAAUGAAUGAAUUACCAUAUCCCUGAGUCCAUAUUUAACUGUUUAACGAUUGUGUGUGAUUAACUCUUGAAAUGUAUUAGGCAUUAUGAUAUAAUAAGAUAAGCAAAUUCUAUUCAAUUUGUGUUUAUAACUGAAGAAAUGUACAGUUAUGUGAAUCUGAGGUGUUUAUGUCACUCAUUCUAACACAAAAGCACUUCCAGCAGUGUUUUGGAAAAAGUACAGCAGCGAGUCGCUUAUGAUAUGACGCACAAUUGCUGCGACGCGCUUUAGCCUCAAACAAGAUGGCUGCUCACACGGGGGAGAAGCGUGGUCUCGAACACUUAGACCAAUAUGAACCAAAAACAGCGAAACAACCACGAAAUAUGCACGACAAAAUGAUAGAGACUCGACUUGUUGUUGUUUUGGAAGGAGCGACGCUGGAGACCGUGAAAGUUGGGAAGACAUUCGAGCUGCUGAACUGUGACCAACACAAGAAUAUUAUAAUAAAGAGUGGAAGGGACCCUGGCAAUGUUCGCCCAGAUAUCACUCAUCAGUGUCUGCUUAUGUUGAUGGACAGCCCACUGAACAGAGCAGGACUGCUGCAGGUGUACAUUCACACUGAGAAGAAUGCUCUGAUCGAGAUCAAUCCUCAGACACGAAUUCCCCGCACCUUCCCUCGCUUUUGUGGACUCAUGGUGCAGCUACUGCAUAAGCUGAGUGUGAGAGCAGCUGAUGGGCCGCAGCGAUUGCUGAGGAUGAUUAAAAACCCCGUUUCAGACCACUUGCCUGCAGGAUGCCCACGCUAUGCCACAUCCUUCAAAGCAGGAGAUGCCGUCUUUCCCAGAACCCUCAUCCCUAAGGAUGGUCCUGCUGUGGUUGUUAUUGGAGCAUUUGCACAUGGAGCGGUAAAUGUGGACUAUACAGAGAAGACAGUUUCCAUCAGUAACUAUCCUCUGUCUGCAGCCCUCACAUGUUCCAAAAUCUGCUCUGCGUUUGAGGAGGGCUGGGGGGUGUUGUGAUAAAAACACACUGGUGCUGGACUUUGGGUCAAACUUGGCAUUCAUCUGUGUGUGGAUCAAUGCGGCGCAAAAUCUUCAGUUCUUUUGAAACCAGUCAGUUUUCUAUAGUGGUGACAUCAGUAGGCAGUACCAAUUUUCUUUAUAACACAUUAAUGAUAACCCAACACUGCUGAAGUCAUGUGCAUUCUGUGGAGAUCACAGGAAUAUUUUGUACCUUUAUAUGAGCAUUCAAAUAUUAUGUUUUCAACAUUUUCAUGUUAACAAAAUCUAAAAUAUUGUUUGUAUACCAAUAAAACAAUUUCUUUGUGUCUAAAA